UGAGACAAAACACGCGAACCCGAACGCCUGGGGGCGACGUGACAUCAUCCCUAAAGCCUUUGGAUUCCAGCUCGGGAUCUUCCUCCGCUGUUUCAUGUAAGGGUCUAGGAAGUAGUCCCGCUAUCUGAAUCGACUUGUCUUUAGUUUUUAAAACAGCAGAAGCGGAAAGUUUCUUCUCUAUAUAAGCCAAAAAAUCUCAGCGAGAGUAUGUCUUUCGUCCCAGGUCAGCCGGUGACUGCUGUUGUGGAACGAGUUGAGAUUCAGAAGCUGCGGCAAGGAGAGAAUCUCAUCCUUGGCUUCAGCAUCGGAGGAGGGAUAGACCAGGACCCUGGGCAGAAUCCCUUCUCUGAGGACAAGUCUGACAAAGGCAUUUAUGUGACCAGGAUAUCACCUAAAGGCCCAGCAGACUUGGCCGGCUUGAAGAUGGGAGACAAAAUAAUGCAGGUGAACGGUUGGGACAUGACCAUGGUGACUCAUGAUCAGGCUCGUAAAAAACUAACAAAGAAGAGAGAGGAUGUGGUACGACUGCUGGUAACCAGGAAGUCGCUUGAGGAGGCUGUCAAACACUCUAAGUGCUCUUAUCCCAAACACUAGUGUGGUGGCUCUACUUUUACACAGACUAAUGCCAUAGCCAAGGAAUGAAGACUCACUUGGAGAACACGUACUACCCCAAAUAGUUGCACCGUGGCCUUUAUACUCCAGUAAUGCAAAAAUAGAUAAGUAAACAAACUGAGACAGAUCAGUUUGUUCAUUCAGAUCAGUCUGUAGAAAAUGAGACUGUUAUCUGUUUUGUUUUUUUUCUCUCAUUUGUGGCAUAUCCAAUUAUAACUGAUCUCAGUAAAUUAUGUGAAAUGACGCUGCUUGAAUAACAGCAUUUGAGAUAUUUGUAGCGAUUGUUUUCAUUUGUACUAAAAGCAAUUUAAAUUAGCAUUUUGAGAACAUUUUAUAGAUCGGUUCUUCUGCAAGGAGUGUUAAGUCAUUCACACAUUUA